AAAUUUAAUUGAAAGACUAGCUUAUUUCCUUUUUUUCUUCUUGAAAGAUGUCUAAGCCAAAUGCAAGAAGAUAUGCAUUAGAGAAAUACAAUAGAGAGAAAGAGCCAAUAAUUAGCAAUAAUUAUGGGAAUAACUUGUUUUAUUUAUCCAAACAUUUGAAGAAAGUUUACCCAAUAGAGCUUCACAAAACUUGUUCACACACAUUUAUAAAUGAUUUUUCUUCUCCAUUGGAUCAUAAAAAAAGAGAAAUUCUACACAACAAUAUUGUUGUUCCACAAGUUAUUCCAUGUCCUAAUGAGAAAGAGCUUAUGAGGUGUAGCUGGAUAACUAAUAGCACAGAUAAGGUUUAUGUGCAAUUCCAUGAUGAAUGCUGGGGUGUUCCAGUUUAUGAUGACCAUCAAUUGUUUGAGCUACUUUCUUUGGCUGGCUUGUUGAUGGAUUUCAACUGGACUGAAAUUUUAAAGAUAAGGGAACAAAUAAGAGAAGCCUUUGUUGGAUUCAAUGCAAAGCAAGUGGCUGAAAUGGGAGAGAAGGAGAUUAAUGAAUUGGUCUCCAAUGUGUCCCUCAUGUUGGCUGAAAAUAGAGUUAGAUCAAUAGUUGGCAAUGCCAAAUGCAUAGUCAAGAUUAGGGAGGAAUUUGGAUCUUUGAGUUGCUACAUGUGGAACCAUAUGAAUUAUAAACCAAUAAUUAACAGAUUUAGAAAUGCAAGAAAUGUACCAUUAAGAAGUCCAAAAGCAGAAGCAAUUAGCAAAGAUUUAGUGAAGAGAGGAUUAAGGCAUGUUGGUCCAGUUGUUAUAAACUCAUUCAUGCAAGCUGCUGGAAUGACUAUUGAUCAUUUGAUUUAUUGUUUUAGACAUAAAGAAUGUCUUAAUCUUGCUGAAAGACCUUGGAGGCAUGUUUAAAACAUAUAAUUAAAUUGUA